AUGCUGAAUCCUUUUGGCCGCUCGCGGCAGCUCAAGGAGUACCUGUUUCUCAGGUCUUUUCCAAAGGCAAGAAAGACUGCAGCAGAUAUUGAAACUAGGGCCCUCAAAGGUCUACAAUUGCAGAUGGGGGGGGGGCCUAGGGAAACCACAGGAAACAGCGCAGGCGGGGGCCCUGGCCACAGCUCAGAGGGGCCGUUUGAGAGCUCAGAUGCACCGGAAGGGAACCAACAGCCAGAGGAUGCAUCAGGUAGGAACAACGGUGCUGCUGCAUGUGCUUCACCUACAGCGCCCGCACGUCUAAUACCACGAAAGGCAUCAGCGGCACCAGCAGAAAUUGCAUCAGCAGAAUCUGCAACCGCAGAACCUGCAGCAGCAGCACCUGCAGGAGCAUCACCUGUAGCAGCAGCACCUGUGGAAGCAUCACCUUCAGCAGCAUCACUUGCAACAGCAGCACCUGCAGCAGCAGCUCGCCGCAUGACCCUUUCCGAGGCAGCAGCAUCAGUGGGGCGUCAGUUGCCUCUUCGAAGCAGUACUCUCCAGCAGCAGCAUCCACUAGGGUUGCAGUCGCUGCCAACCCAAAGAGUAAACCAGCUAGAUGCAGUACGAGUUAACAACGAGAUUGUGCUGCUGCUGCAGGACAUGCUGCUGCAGUGUACGAGGGCUGCUGCUCCGUGGCUGCAGCAGUGGCAGCAGGAACUGCAGCUGCUGUUGCACUCCUUCUUAUGGGCUGUGUCGACAGCACGGGACAAACCCACUCCAGGAGAUUUGCUGCAGAAUGUUAAGUACUACGGUGGCGAGCAACUGCACCAGCAGCAGUUGGAGCAGCAGCAGCAGCGGUUCCAGGCGUUGCAGCAAGACCCAACUGCAGUUCCUGCUGCGGUGCAGCAACAGCAGCGUGUGCUGCUCCACUUGAUGCUAAAGCAGCAGCAUUCUCUAAUGCAGCGGCAGCCUCUGGCCUGGAAACACAAGUUGGGACUGCUGCUUUUGCAUGUGCUGCUACCAUAUUUCUAUCAGCUCUUGCGGCAGCAGCUGCACCGCAAGAGGCAGCAACAGCAAGCAGCGAUUGAGCAGCGGAUACGCCGUUACAACGUUGCUCAGGCGCUUCGGAGGCAGCGCAUGCAGCAGCAAGAGCAGCAGCAGCAGCAGCAUGGGGAAGAAGCGACGGAAAAGGAGCAGCGGGAGCUGUGCCAUCAGCUGCAGCAGCGCCAGAAGCAGCAAAACCUCCGUUGGCCAGACGCUGCUGUGGGGAAUGCGGUGACACGUUUGACCGCAGCUGAGCGCUCUUUGGAGUGGGUCUACAGGUGUUUUAUGUGCAUUGACCUGCUGCUUUCUUUGAUUCGUUUUGUCUUCUUUUUCUAUUUUCUCUACAGAGGCAAACACCGCAGCGUGGGGGACUGGUUGUUGGGGCUGGAGAUGCGACACAUCCAUCCCUCCCUGCGCCGAUCACUGUCUUUUGAGUUGCUUCAGCAGCAGCUCUACUGGCUUAGUGUCUCUCAGGUGCUGCUACUGCUUGCUCCCCACAUCGACCUUCUGCUGCUGCGGCGCACGCUGCGGCUGCGGCUGCUCACUCCCGCUCGCAGAGCAGCAGUCGCCUCUCUUCAACAAUUCAGACUCUUUUUGCGGAGGCAGCGUCAUCAGCAACUCCAGCAAUAUGGUACCGCAAUAGAGGAAAAAGGGCUCGCUGCCGCUGUUGCUGCGCUGCCCUUCGAAUUAGGGCAGUGGGGUUUGUUGCUCCUGCGAAGCACAAAGCAGCAGGGGACGAAACUCCUCCAGGACGUGGGUCUGCUGCCUCAUCCCCUUGUGACAAAGCAACAGCAGCAGCCGGGAGUGGAGUCAGGGGAAGGGCGACUUGCGGUAGAGGUGAGCAGCAGUAGCUACAGUGCUGGUUAUUUUUCAUUUCUAGCUUCUUUCCUCUCGGACUUUUUGACUGUAUGA